UCUCUCUUUAAUUCUUUGCAUGGAAAACUCGCUAAAAGAUCAAUUCUGGAAGUGGGAUUUUAACAAUGUACGUCGUUUUCAGAUGGUGGAGGUCAGAGUUCCAAAUCUGGAUUGUGAAGGCUGUGCUUCUAAGUUGAAGAAAGCCCUCUUCAAGCAAAAAGGAGUUGAAGAAGUAGAGGUAAAAAUGGAGAUGCAAAAUAUUACGCUGAGAGGGUUUGGAUUGGAGGAAAGGAAGGUGCUGAAAGCCAUUAAACGAGCUGGAAAAGCAGUAGCGCCAUGGCCAUUUUCGGGAUACUCUCAUUUUGCUUCCUUUUACAAGUAUCCAAGCUACAUGGUGAACCAUUAUUAUGAUAAACAUGGAACCAGUAAUGACGCACAUACGUUCUUCCACACUCCCUCUGUUUACUCAGUUGCUGUGGCGUCUGAUGAAAUUGUUGUCUCAUUGUUCAGCGAUGACAAUCCUCAUGCCUGCACUAUCAUGUGAUUAGGCAAUGCUAUGUGCAUAAACUUUUGAGUAUACAAUUUGGUAUAUAGCUUAUAUA